UGAUAAUCAACAUGUCUGGUCGCGGUAAAGGAGGUAAAGGUCUCGGAAAAGGAGGCGCCAAGCGUCACCGAAAAAUCCUUCGUGAUAACAUCCAAGGUAUCACCAAGCCAGCCAUCCGUCGUCUGGCUCGCCGUGGCGGUGUCAAGCGAAUCUCCGGCUUGAUCUACGAGGAGACCCGUGGUGUUCUCAAAGUCUUUCUUGAGAACGUGAUCCGUGAUGCUGUGACAUACACCGAGCACGCCAAGAGAAAGACUGUGACAGCCAUGGAUGUGGUGUACGCUCUGAAGAGACAAGGCCGCACUCUGUACGGAUUUGGCGGUUAGAUAGACCAUCCUGCCACAAUACAAACGGCUCCUUUAGGAGCCACCAAAUACAAAGAAAGUCAUGAUCAUAUUUGUUGCGAUCGCUUAUAUCUCGCUCAUACAGAUAAUUUGCUUUAGAAAAUGACUGCACCAUCCGCUCGCGUCACGAUUUGGGCUAGUAUCUCGGAAAAGGAACCUUGCGCGCA